GUGGCCUCGGCACACGUGGGCCGGAGCGACGAGAGAGAGCAGGGACGAUAGUUUUACACAGCCCAAAUCUUCCACCCACCUGGCAGGCCAGCGCUCAUAAAGAGGACAGCUACACAAACCUGGUGUCAGACUGUAGCUUUGACAAGACUCAAGUCAGGACACAGGAGGCUGGCUUACAAAAAAAGGGGCUGAAACACACACUCAGGCACAACAACUGUGAAACAUACUUACACUGCCAACAGAAACUACCUAGACAGGAGACUGGGACACUGUUGAGUUCAGGGAGCAGGGAUUUACUACAGGAAGUGAGGUGAAGAAGAGAAGAACCUGGAUGGACACCUUCUGCAGUCUCAGUGGCCUGGACCCUCUCUGGGACUGGAAUGUGACGUGGUACACAGCACACCCAGACCUGACCCAGUGCUUCCAGCACACAGUACUGGUGUGGUUCCCCUGCUUCUAUCUCUGGCUUUGUGCCCCUUUCUACUGCUUGUACCUCAGAUUCUGUGACAAUGGACGCAUCUCUUUAUCCAGCCUCUGCUGUGCCAAGACGGGUUUGGGUCUCUGUCUGGCCUCCUUUGGUUUGCUGGAGAUGGUCUAUCUGUUGGUGGAAAAGAGCAGAGACCUAGAGCAUCACAUGGUCUUUCUCCUGAGCCCUAUCAUUCGCAGCCUUACCAUGACACUGGCAGUGUUGGUGAUCCACUUGGAAAGGCUGAGGGGCUUUCGUUCCUCCAUCUUUCUCUUCCUGUUUUGGACGCUGGCGGUGAUCUGCUCACUGGUGCCUCUCAGAGCCAACAUACAAGCCAUCAUAGACGAGGGUUUCUCUGCAGAUGCGAUGCGAUUCGUGGCAUUUUUCACAUUCUUCUCUCUCCAGUUGGCUCAGCUCAUCCUCAGCUGUUUCGCUGAUCAGCGCCCAGCAACUCUUAAACCUGUAUAUGUAAAGAACCCAUGUCCAGUUGAGGAUGCUUCUUUCCUUUCAAAAGUGCUGUUUUGGUGGUACGGCAGAUUGGUGGUAAAGGGCUACCGCUCACCUCUACAAGCUGAAGACCUCUGGUCUCUACGAGAAGAGGAUACAUCUGAAAAAAUCAUUUGUGAUCUGGAAAAAGAGUGGGCCAAGCAAUGGGCCAAAAUGCAACAGCAAGGGAACACUCUGAAUGGAGCACAUGCUCUUGGUUAUAAACUGAGCGAGCAGACGCAGCUGCUCAGAAAACUUCAUAAAGAACAAAUCUCAGGCUUCUGUCUGCUCCGGACGCUGGCCAAAAACUUUGGUCCUUACUUUCUGACUGGAACUAUCUUUCUGGUCAUUCAAGAUGCUUUUAUGUUCUCCAUACCACAAGUGUUAAGUCUGCUGCUUGGCUUUGUGAGGGAUGAAGACGCCCCCUUGUGGAAGGGUUACCUCUUUGCCUUCUUGAUGUUCCUGUUGUCUUGUCUGCAGUCCCUGUUCAACCAUCAGUACAUGUAUACAUGCUUCUCAGUAGGCAUGAGGGUUAAAACUGCAGUUAUGGGCUUAGUGUACAGGAAGUCUCUGGUCAUCAACAGCGCGGCCCGCAGAACGUGUACAGUUGGAGAGAUAGUGAACUUGGUUUCGGCUGACACCCAGAAACUCAUGGAUUUCGUGGUGUACUUCAAUGCAGUGUGGGUGGCCCCGAUUGAAAUCGGUUUGUGUCUUUUCUUCCUCUGGCAGCGCCUCGGCCCAUCUGCGUUGGCUGGCAUCGCCACUGUAAUUCUCAUCUUCCCUUUGAAUGGGUUCAUUGCCAAAAUGAGAAGCAAGCUCCAGGAAGUCCAGAUGAAGUACAUGGACGGACGCAUUAAGCUCAUGAACGAGAUCUUGAGCGGAAUAAAGAUCCUGAAGUUUUAUGCCUGGGAGAAUGCCUUCAGAGAACGUGUUAAUGGCUAUCGGGAAAAAGAGCUGAAUGCUCUGAAGAAGUCUCAGAUUCUUUACUCCAUAUCCAUCGCCUCCUUCAACUCCUCCACUUUCUUGAUUGCAUUUGCCAUGUUUGGGGUGUAUGUGCUGAUCGAUGAGAAGCAUGUUCUGGAUGCUCAGAAGGUCUUCGUGUCCAUGGCUCUCAUCAAUAUUCUUAAAGCUCCACUCAGUCAACUGCCCUUUGCAAUGAGCACUACCAUGCAGGCUGUGGUUUCUCUCAAGCGCCUCGGGAAGUUUCUCUGUCAAGACGAGCUGAAACUGGAUAGCGUGGAUAGAGCGCCCUACCAUCCUGAUAUUGAUGGUGUUGUUAUUGACAAUGGCACUUUCAGCUGGUCUAAAGAUAGCACACCAUGUCUCAGGAGGAUCAACGUCAAAGGCCAGCGGGGUUCACUGGUGGCUGUGGUAGGUCAUGUGGGCAGUGGAAAAUCCUCUCUUCUGUCCGCAAUGUUGGGAGAAAUGGAAAAGAAAAGUGGCCACGUCACACUAUCGGGCUCUGUGGCUUAUGUGCCUCAGCAAGCAUGGAUCCAGAACGCCACUCUCAAAGACAACAUUUUGUUUGGACGCGAGAGGAAAGACAGCUGGUACCAGAAAGUAUUAGAGGCCUGUGCUCUUCUACCAGACCUGGAGAUCCUACCUGCAAGAGAUGCCACAGAGAUCGGAGAGAAGGGUCUGAAUUUGUCAGGAGGUCAGAAACAGAGGGUGAGUCUGGCACGUGCAGUCUACAGGAAGGCUGAUAUCUACCUUCUGGAUGAUCCUUUGUCAGCUGUGGAUGCACAUGUGGGUCAGCACAUCUUUGAAAAGGUCAUCGGACCUAAUGGCGUUCUUAAAAAUAAGACACGCAUUCUGGUGACCCACGGACUGAACUUCCUGCCCCAGGCUGACCUGAUUCUGGUGAUGGAGGAUGGAGAAAUCACGGAGAUGGGCUCUUAUGCCGAGCUUUUGAGUAGGAAGAACACCUUUGCAGACUUUGUUAAAGCUUUUUCUGUUAGCGAACGCAAGGAAUGUACCACCCACAGAGGGACCAGAAAAUCAGUAUCUCGUCUCAGCAUGACAGACUUCUCUAUUGACCUCUCCCAGGAGCAACUCAUCAGCGGAGACAUGGGAAGUGCCAGUAUACAAACCAUGGAGGCCAUGUCUGACACAGAACAAGAGCAGGACCAGGAGGAAGUUGGGAAACUCACCCAUGCUGACAAAGCUCAUACAGGCCGAGUAAAACUGGAGAUGUAUGUGGAGUACUUCAGGACCAUCGGCUUGUUCUUCAUCAUCCCCAUCAUCUUCCUCUACACGUUCCAGCAAGCUGCCUCACUGGCCUACAACUACUGGCUAAGCAUGUGGGCAGAUGAACCGGUUGUAAAUGGAACACAGGUUGACACGGAUCUGAAGCUUGGUGUUUUUGGAGCUCUCGGCUUUGCACAAGGAAUUGCAAUAUUUGGCACUACUGUGGCCAUUUCUCUUGGAGGAAUAAUUGCAUCCCGGCAUCUUCAUUUGGAACUUCUCAACAAUGUACUUCAUUCUCCAAUGUCGUUCUUUGAGAGUACACCCAGUGGUAACCUUCUCAAUCGGUUCUCUAAAGAGAUAGACGCCAUUGAUUGCAUGAUCCCUGAUGGGCUGAAGAUGAUGCUGGGCUAUGUGUUCAAACUUCUGGAGGUUUGCAUUAUUGUGCUGAUGGCGACUCCUUUUGCAGGAGUGAUUAUACUGCCACUGACUCUGCUCUAUGCCUUUAUCCAGAGCUUCUACGUGGCCACAUCCUGCCAGUUGCGUAGACUGGAGUCGGUGAGUCGAUCACCCAUCUAUACUCAUUUCAAUGAGACAGUCCAAGGAGCCGGUGUGAUUCGGGCCUUUGGAGAACAGUCUAGGUUUAUCCUACUGGCUAACAGCCGAGUGGACCACAAUCAAACAUCCUAUUUCCCAAGAUUUGUGGCAACCAGGUGGCUGGCAGUAAAUCUAGAGUUCCUUGGUAACUUGCUGGUCCUUGCUGCAGCUAUUCUCUCUGUUAUGGGAAGGGCAACUUUAAGCCCUGGAAUCGUGGGACUGGCUGUGUCGCACUCUCUCCAGGUUACUGGGAUCUUAAGCUGGAUUGUGCGGGCAUGGACAGAUGUAGAGAACAACAUUGUGUCUGUUGAGCGAGUGAAGGAAUAUGCCGAAACAUCAAAAGAGGCACCAUGGACAAUCGAGGACAGUCCACUCCCAUCAGACUGGCCCAAAUCCGGAUCCAUUGGAUUCCAGGAAUAUGGACUUCAGUACCGCAGGGGUCUUGACUGGGCCUUAAAAGAAAUUUCUCUCAGUGUUAAUGAGAGAGAGAAAGUUGGAAUUGUGGGAAGAACAGGGGCCGGAAAAUCAUCUCUUGCUCUCGGAAUCUUCCGGAUCCUUGAGGCGGCAAAAGGAAAGAUCUUCAUAGAUGGGAUAAACAUUGCAGAGAUUGGACUGCAUGAACUGAGGUCUCGAAUCACCAUUAUCCCACAGGAUCCAGUGCUGUUCUCUGGUUCCUUGCGUAUGAAUCUGGACCCCUUUGAUGGCUACACUGAUGAGGAGGUCUGGAGAGCUCUGGAACUCGCACAUCUCAAGAACUUCGUGUCUGGCCUGCCUGACAAACUCAACCAUGAGUGUUCAGAGGGAGGAGAGAAUCUCAGUUUGGGCCAGCGGCAGCUGGUUUGCCUGGCCCGAGCUCUCCUGAGGAAGACCAAGAUUCUGGUUUUGGAUGAAGCCACUGCAGCUGUAGACCUGGAGACGGACAAUCUGAUUCAGUCCACUAUCAGAACUCAGUUUGAGGACUGCACCGUUCUGACCAUCGCCCACCGUCUCAACACCAUCAUGGACUACACUAGGGUGAUUGUGAUGGACAGGGGGCACAUCACAGAAAUGGACUCUCCAACUAAUCUGAUCUCUCAGCGUGGUCAGUUCUAUCGAAUGUGCCGGGAGGCUGGACUAGUGUGAACCAUUCAGUACCAAAGGAAACAAUGACAACAUCAUCUCUUCACUCAGGAGAGACUAUAAAAAUGGUGCAGAAAUCUCACCAAUAUACCUGCUUAGACUACCUGAACCUUUUUUUAUUACAGAACUUACUAAAGGGCAUAUCUUGCCUUCUCAAACAAGAGAAGCAAAAAGCUCAGGGUGAAGAGGUUUCACCAGUAAUAGCUGUUCAGGUGUCCAUGUUUUCUCCAGUAUUACAGAAGUGGUGUGCUUCAGCAUUCUCCUGCUUAUUAUUUAACCAAGAUCUGAGGUGCUGAAGGAACAGACUGAUUCCCUCAUGUCGUCAACAGUCUCAUCUCAGAAUACAACGACUUGAGUGACGUUAUCUUACCGUAGAGGUGUUCAGUAGGUUAAAAAAAGCAGACUUCAGAUGGUCAGAGGGUGUACACUGCCAUGUUCACCACCUCUCACUGCUGUCAAAGUGAAGAUUUGUGGAGAUGUAUAGUUUAUUGUUGUAGAUCCUGUCAUAACACAGCUGUAGAACUAGUCACAAUUCUACUUGAACCUUUUCAGGUUGUUGCAAGAAUUCCUUAAUUAUAUCAACUCAUUAAACUCCCAUAAAUUCUCAU